ACAGCGGCUUCCCAGAUCCUUGCUACUCGUGACGGAACGUGGACAGCAGCUGUCUCACCAUGAAGCUGCUGAUGGUUCUCAUGCUGGCGGCCCUCCCACUGCACUGCUAUGCAGGAUCUGGCUGCCCCUUAAUGAAGGAGGUGAUUUCCAAGACAAUUGAUCCAAAAGUAUCUAAGACUGAAUACAAAGAAUUUCUUCAAGAGUUCAUAGACAAUGAUGCCACUGCGAAUGCCAUAGAUGAAUUGAAGCAAUGUUUUCUCAGUCAAUCUGAUGAAACUCUGGACAAUGUUGGCGUGUUGAUGCAAGCAAUAUAUGACAGCCAUUUUUGUGAUAACUUUUAACUUUCCACAAGACCUUUGGCUCAUGGGACUGCAGAGGAUGGUGAGAAACCAGCUACGGAUUGCUAUAAACCACACCUUUUCUCUCUUAUGUCUUUUUACUACAAACGGCAAGACAAUUGUUGAAACCUGCUAUACAUGUUCAUUUUAAUAAAUCGACUGCAAA